GCGGUUUUAGCUAACAGCUUAUGCAACUCAACUUAAGGCGCAUUUUAUCUAAACAUAUUCUGGUGGUUGCGUUAAUGUUGCUCGGCCAGUCGUAUUACAAUGCCGCGUCCGAAGUAUUUUACACCAAAUGAAGUGUCCGUGCACAAUUCAAUAGGAGACCUGUGGGUAUCGUAUCUGGGUAAAGUUUACAACUUGACACCUUUGCUUCAAGAAUACAAAGGCGAUGUACUUUUGAAACCGAUUAUUGAAUGUGCGGGCAAGGACAUCAGUCACUGGUUUGACCCCAAAACGAAAGAUAUUAUUACCCAUGUUGACCCUUUAACCGGCUGUGUGAAGUAUUACACCCCCAGGGGGCGCUUUCUGCAUGUGCCCCCCAUAUGCCCAUGCACUGACUGGGCCAAUGAUUUUGGGAAGCCUUGGUGGAAAGACAUGCGCUACGAAGUUGGCAUUCUGACAGCCAAGGCACGUUGGAUUCGCAUCAUCAACACACUCAGUGCCCAGGAACAGAGGCUGGAGGUAUGUUCCGAGGAAACACUGAAUGAGAUUUUGCAACGUUACCUGCGCUACAACUCCCAUGCAGCCAGCUACACCUGGAAGCACAACGGUGUUAUUCUGGACAUGAGUAAAAAUUUGAGUGAAAAUGGGAUUCAUGAUGAAGAUGAGGAACUGGACCGCUGUCGAAUGGAUCGUGACCUCUUCACUCCAUCCAUAUGUCUGUACUUCAAUGAUGACCUCACUUAACUUUGAUCUAAGGAGCAGACUAUUAUAAUAUAAUUCACCACAAAUGCUGAUAUUGCAACAAAAAGAAAUAUAAUCAUUCGAAAUUAUAAUUGUUAAUACAGUGUUUCAUUGUAACAAGGGUGUCUAUGGAGCAGCAUAAAUAUCACAGAAAUGUGUGUCACUUUCUUCUUAAAUUUUGCUCGAUUAAUGUAUUGCAUUUUCUGAGCCACAUUAAUAAAAACAUGAAUAUUUAUACAGAAAACA